CAUCUCUUGUUGCUUGCUGUUAUCUGGGUUCCGUCUCCGUCUCUCUCUGUUUCGAUCUGUUUUUUUUUGACCAAAGAAACUUUUUUUUUUUGGUCUUCCUUAUUCUUUCUUCAAUGUCGUUGAACAUAUCUGACGAUACUUGAAUCUCACUCUUUCUUCUCUGAUUUAGUCUCAAUUUCAUCUUAUCUCUUCUCACUUUUGUUCUGAGAAAUUUCGAUCCCAAGCUUUUUCUCAGAGAAUUUUGACUGGAAAAUUUCGUAAUUAGGGUUUUUGAGAUUUGACAUUAUUCUACGAUGAAAGCUUCGAUUGAGAAGUUAAGGAGAUUAACAUCGCAUUCACAUAAGGUUGAUGUGAAGGAGAAAGGAGAGGUCAUGGCUACAACACAAAUUGACGAACUCGAUCGAGCCGGGAAGGAUAUGCAAGAUAUGAGAGACUGCUACGAUAGACUACUCUCCGCAGCUGCUGCCACGGCAAAUAGCGCUUAUGAGUUCUCUGAGUCGUUGGGAGAAAUGGGUUCUUGUUUGGAGCAAAUCGCGCCUCAUAACGACGAAGAAAGCAGUAGAAUCUUGUUUAUGUUGGGUAAAGUUCAGAGUGAGCUUCAAAGACUUCUUGAUACAUAUCGUAGUCAUAUAUUCAAAACCAUUACAUCCCCAUCAGAGGCGCUUCUCAAGGACCUCAGAACUGUUGAGGACAUGAAGCAACAAUGCGACGAGAAGAGGAAUGUGUAUGAGAUGUCGCUAGUAAAAGAGAAAGGAAGGCUUAAAAGCAGUAAAGGAGAGAGGCAUAUUCCUCCCGAGUCUCGACCUGCUUACAGUGAGUUUCAUGACGAAGCAACAAUGUGCAUUUUUCGAUUGAAAUCUCUUAAAGAAGGACAAGCUCGUAGUCUCCUUACACAAGCAGUCCGUCACCACACUGCUCAGAUGCGUUUGUUCCACACUGGACUGAAAUCUCUCGAGGCAGUUGAGCGUCAUGUAAAAGUUGCUGCAGAGAAACAACACAUUGACUGUGAUCUAUCUGUUCAUGGGAACGAGGUGGAAGCUAGCGAGUAUGAUGAUGAUGAUGAUAGCCGAUAUAUGAACAGAGAAGGAGAACUCAGUUUUGAUUACAGAACAAAUGACCAGAACGUAGAAGCUGCUUCUCUCUCUACACCAUGGGGCUCAAAGAUGGAUGAUACAGACCUCUCGUUUCCUCGCCCUUCUACAACACGACCAGCAGCGGUAAAUGCUGAUCAUAGAGAAGAAUAUCCAGUUUCAACCCGCGAUAAGUAUUUGAGCAGCCAUUCAGCUCCUUUGUUCCCAGAAAAGAAACCUGAUUUAUCAGAGAGGUUGAGACAGGUGGUGAAUCCAUCUUUUAAUGCCUACGUAUUACCAACACCAAACGAUUCAAGGUACUCGAAACCGGUUUCCCAAGCUUUAAAUCCGAGGCCAGCAAACCACAGUGCUGGAAACAUAUGGCAUUCAUCUCCGUUAGAGCCGAUAAAAAGCGGGAAAGAUGGGAAAGACGCGGAAAACAACAGCUUCUAUGGCCGCCUCCCUCGGCCUUCUACAACAGACACGCAUCAUCAUCAUCAGCAGCAAGCAGCAGGAAGACAUGCAUUUUCUGGACCUCUCAAACCGUCCUCAACAAAACCUGCCACCACGGCGGACAGUUACUCAGGCGCGUUUUGUCCUCUGCCGACUCCUCCAAUACUCCCUCAUCCCCAUUCAUCAGCUUCUCCAAGAGUCUCCCCUACAGCUUCACCUCCUCCUGCUUCUUCCCCGAGACUCAACGAGCUUCACGAGCUUCCAAGACCCCCAGGCCACUUUGCACCACCGCCAAGACGAGCCAAGUCCCCUGGUCUGGUUGGUCACUCGGCGCCUCUAACUGGAUGGAACCAAGAAAGAAACACGGUCACUGUUGCUCCUCCGUCUGCCACCAACAUUGUGGCUUCCCCACUUCCGGUUCCUCCGUUGGUUGUCCCUAGAAGCUACUCUAUACCUUCAAGAAACCAGAGAGCUGUUUCUCAACGGCCGGUCGAAAGGAGAGAUGAUAUAGUAGCAUCCCCACCGUUAACACCAAUGAGCCUGUCUCGGCCUCUUCCUCAAGCCACAGGAGUUGCUCAGACCAGUCAAAUCAGAGGCUAUUAAUCAUGCAGGAGUAGGAAAGCUGAUCGAACGAUGAGGCUGCUGCGUCUGCGUCGCGUUUGACCAAAACGCUUGUUGUACAAAUUCAGAGAUCUUCACAAGUGAAUAUAGAAGUCGGUAUAUGUAUUAUUCUUUAGUUGGUUAAUCUCUUUUUUCUUUUAAGUUUCUUUUUUUUCCCAUUGUAAAUCUGAAGCCUCUGCUCUUUAUUCCAUUUUCAUUUUCAAUCCCUUCAAUUUUUCUUCUUUCA